CGCGACAUCGCGGGACAAUGUUCAUUGUGUAUCUUGCGCUACGCCAGAUCCGCUAUGCUAUCAGUCAGAUCACUCCCCACUGGCUGGCUCGUCGCAAGAAAGUAAAAGCAUCGCCACCAACACUCCCGCCUCAUUGCCCGCCACGAAAGUGAGCGUGCACGACGCGUGUUUUUUUUUAAAUUCUCCCUCCAAAAUCCCGCGAGCCCUUCGCCUGAUUUUUACUUUUUUUCCCCUCAUGUUUUUUCUUUCGGGCAAUGAGCUUAAAUUUUUCGCCAGUGCGUUGAACUUGGGCCCAUACGCUCGGUGGAGUGCAGCGUCCGUCCGCGAGGUUUCAUAAGUGAUUAUCGCAUUAUUGUUGUGCGCGCGCGCAGUGAAAGUGUCGUGACGUAAGCGUUACAUUAGACGAGAGCUAUGGCGGAUAUCGCCCGGUUGGGGAAGCGGUGUCUUACUAUUUUUGGUUUCCUCCUCUUGACGCCCCACACAAAUUGUCAAUAUUCAGUUCACCAUCCGGCUCCAUAUAUACAAAAUGGCCAUUCUGACAGGCCCAAUCCGUAUAUGCAACAAAGAAAUCCACAGUGGCAUGAGUUCUCCUCACCACGAAGAAGAGCAUCAGAGUAUAGGCCGAUGCCGCAACACUAUGAAGGAAUAACAAACGUCCAACCGAUAACAUACAAUCAAGGUCCUUUCGGAGCCCAAGCGUAUGCGCAAAACGUUCAAACGUUGCCACAAAACUACGACGGACGAUCUUCAUAUGACUUCAUCCAGGCUGAAGCUACUCAAAAUGAUGGACGACUAUUAUCAGACUCGGCUUUCACGAGGAUAUCGGAAACUCUUGGUGCUAUCAAUACAGUUGGACACUACCUCGUAGACAUGGUCAACGAAAAUGAAAGAGACGAGACUGAUCCAAAUUUGAAACAGUUACCACAAGCUUUGUACACGAUAAGUAAAAAUGUUCUCGGAAGAAAUGUAACCGACAAAAUAGCCCCAAUUGUCAAAAAGGCACUACCCAGGGUGCUGCCUGACGCUCCGAUCACCAAAAUAGCUACAGCUGGUGUACCAGAAAACGACGUAAAGUCGUGCGCUACACCAGAAGGUGAGGAAGGUGUUUGCGAGGACCUGAGUAAUUGUCCUCAAUUGCUUCUAAACUUGGUCAAUCUUCGAGAAUCUUUAUGCUUCAAAGAUCUUUUUGUUCCUGGUGUUUGCUGUCCAAAAGAUUCAAUCGUACCGGCGACAACGCUUGUUGAAAAGCCUGUAUUGGCGACAACCAGCAAACCAACCUAUUUGGUUCCUGUUACGACUCAAAGACCACAAAAACCCCCACAGAGACCGGUGCAGAAGCCAACAACGACCAAGAAACCGUCAGCCAUAUUAGUGUUGACUACGAAAAGGCCUAGUACAACUCUAACAACCGUACCUACAACUGCACGACCUUUGACUGUUCGGCCUACAACUGCAAGACCCACGACUGCUAUAGCUGUGACGACUGCUCGGCCGGUUUCAACGACUAGUUUCUACACCGUGUCACCUCCAAUAAUAACGAACUUCUCAAACAUUGUUGAUGUAGAGGAGUGCGGGCAGCGCGAGGACGAGGGCGGGCGCAUCGUUGGCGGCACGGAGGCCAAGCCGGGCGCGUGGCCGUGGAUGGCCGCUAUCUACCUGCACGGCAGCAAGCGCCGCGAGUUCUGGUGCGGUGGCACGCUCAUCAACCGGCGGCACGUCCUCACCGCCGCGCAUUGCACCAGGGAUUCCAAGCAGCGGCCGUGUGUAUCGUCCAAACAGAUUAUUCUUCUUCUACUUAUGGUGUCUCUCCAUAACUGGAGGUUGGCCGUCAGCUCUGCGUAUGUCUUUGUCUCGUCAAGACGAAAUAGGUCUCCCACGCUGGCUACACCAGUCCACUCGCUGAUGUUACGGAACCUCAUCUUCCUUCUUCCGACGUAUCAUUUUGCCUCAAUCUUUCCCAUCAUUAUAGUCUGAAGAAAAUAAUAGCGCUCAUGUCUUAAAAUAUGAUGAAGAAACCUUUUUUCUUGAUGUUAUAGAUAGUUUAUAUUUUUAAUAUUUAUUGUUGAAGCAUGUAACUGCUCGGUGUUUUUAAUCUAAAGAAAAUAUUACUAGAAAAAAAUCCACGCGGACCAGGCAGCAGACGCAGCUUAAGAAAGGCUAGAAAGAUUUCGACACGGUCAUCAGGGCCGCGAUAGCAUAAUGGUCAAUGCAUUCGCCCUGAUAGUGAAGGGUGCAGGUUUGUGUCCCGUCUGCUGCCUGGUCUGCGGUGAUUUUUUUCUAGUAAAUUCUAACUUAUGCAUUUAUAUACUGGAAACUCCAUCCAAAUCGAAUUAGUAGUUUUUGAGAUAAUCGCGGGGAAACAUACAUACAGGCAGACUGAGAACAUCCUCUCUUGAAGUCUAUUAAAAACCAGAAACUGAGGAAUUCUAUGUUUUUCUUCGAACUUAAACCUUGAUAAAGUAGUCCUGUUCAUUACAACAGGUUCACCAGCAUUAAGAACAUUGGUGAUGAUGAUAUUGUAACUUUUUUCAAGUGCUUUUGCCAUAUUUAGAUUCCCAGCGCGUCAGUUCAGCGUACGGCUUGGUGACGUGGACUUGGCGCGCGAAGACGAGCCCUCGCGGCCAGUGACGCUGCGGGUGACGGAGGUGCGAGCACACGAGCAGUUCUCCAGGGUCGGCUUCUACAAUGACAUAGCGAUCCUGGUGUUAGCUGAGAACGUGCAGAAAUCGAAGUACGUGAUCCCCAUCUGUCUGCCAUCGGGCCAGCUGACGACGCAGCAGUUCGACGGCGCUGUCGGCACCGUCGUGGGGUGGGGGACCACUCGCUACGGCGGCGGCGAGUCCUCGCGCCAGCUGCAGGCGCGGCUGCCCGUGUGGCGCAACCAGGACUGCGACCGCGCCUACUUCCAACCUAUCACUGACACUUUCCUGUGCGCCGGGUACGCUCGAGGUGGCGUCGACGCGUGCCAGGGUGACUCCGGGGGUCCUCUGAUGCUGGAGGUGAACGGGCGUUGGACGCAAAUAGGCGUGGUGUCGUUCGGGAACAAGUGCGGCGAGCCUGGCUACCCCGGCGUCUACACACGCGUCACCAGAUACAUACCCUGGCUGCAGCAGAACAUGCUCUGACCACACUAGUUAAUAUAGAACUAUAAACAUAGAGAACGGAUAGACGGACUGAGCGCACAUCACCAGAUACAUACCCUAGCUGCUGUAGAAUAUGCUCUGAACGUGCACUAGCAAAUUUACAUAGAGAAGGUAUUGUGCGUUCCCUAACAAAAUGUAAAGAAAAGUUGGGCAGAUAAGGGAAGGGGAAUAAAAAAUGGGAGAUUUAUUGGCUGCACCAUCGCUAUCCUUCUAGACAGUUGACAAUUUCACGCGAGUAUCCCUCAGUCCAUUCCUCAGGUCCAUAGAGUCCAUUCUCCUAUGUCUAAGGCUCUUUCAGAUUGGAUUUGUUAGCGCAGCUUAACUCGUUUUUUAUAACCGCGUUAUGUAAACGCCAUAAUUCCGAAUGAACCGUCACAAUACGUGAGACGACAAGUCGAAUAAAAGGCACGGAUUACCUACUGAUGCCUCCUUAUGGAACAGCAGGCUUAUCCGAUUCAUAUUUAAUCAUGUCUUGAUUGGCCUUUUAAUUAAGCUUGUUGAUUUUCAGAUCAAGAUAAUUAAUUACCCACUUACAAUCCCUCGCUGGAGGAGUUUAUGAAAUAUUUCCUGAAAGAACAGGAAUAAGCAGCCUGAAAAUAAAGAAAUAUUACCUACCCUUAGGCUGCGUUUCCACCAGAGAUGUGCAAUGGAAAUGUGUCGUGCGAGGAUGUCUAGCUGUGCUGUGAAAAUGUGUGGGGAUUUCCACCAAAGCUGUGCGAUGAAAAUGUGCCUACGAGGAUGUGUAGCGGAGCUGUGAAAAUGCGCAUUAAUGUGUGGUACAGUAUGCGCAAACCUCGUUAUACAUCCUUCUCAACACACAUUCCUCGCAACACAUCCCUCGCACACAUCCCUCGUACACAUCCCUCGCACACAUCCCUCGCUUGUUUUGUAUGCGCAAAAAUCUAGCUCGGCUGAGCCGUUUCCACUAGAGCUGUGCUGACCGAGGCGAGGUAAAUGGAGCGAUUCUAUUGGUUCUUUACAAACACAUCCCUCGCUAUGCAUCCUCGCACAUCUCUGGUGGAAACGCAGCCUUAUCGUGAAAAUGUAAAGGAGAGACCGCUGUCAAAUUAAGUCCAGUAGGCCUGUUCACUAACUUUUUUAACACCUAAAGUAGUGUCGAUUCUGGAAUGAUUCUCUAAAAUUAAAACUAAAUAUAACAUCAGUCUGUUCUUUUCAUUCUGUAUUAUAAAAAAUGACAAGAAUACACUUGUUGUCAAAUUUAAGUUUAGGUUUAGAGAAUCAUGCUAGAAUCAACACCAGUGUGUAGCUAAAGUGAAAAUUACUUGUCCAAUUUUAGUGGCAUUAUAAUAAAGCAGAAGUGGAUCAUAAAAUAGUUCAGUGAUCAUCAGUUCCACCUGUUAAAACUCUUAGCGAAUAGGCCUUCUAUUUAGACUGAAUGUUUAGUUUACUUAACGUAGGGAUGUGGUUUGCUCCAGUUACCAAAUAUUAACAGUUCUUAAUUAACAUUAUUCUUCUUAUGAUAUUUUGCCAUAGACGAAUGAUUGGUCUGAAGCGAGACCAAUCAUUUAUCUAUGAUAUUUUGCCAUACGUAUCAUAAUAUAAACUUGUGUUUAUAAUUUUUGUCAUUUCUGUGGCAUUCUAAUUUAUUUCUAUUUAUAUGACGUUCUUUUUGAAACGUAGGUUGGUAUUUUAUUAUUGUAUUAGGUAUCAUCUUUCAUUAUUAAAUACAUCUUUAUAAGUGUUCAUGUGAUAGAAAAUUUGACUGCAACCAUUUUGAAACAUAAUAUGUAGGAUUUUAAUUUUAUAAUUAAAAAUGAAAAUAAUAAAUUGUAUUAGUACC